UGAACUGUAGUUCUGGUAGUUAAUUAUGCCAGCACUGUCUGAAGCACUUACUCACUUAGGUAAAGUAUUCCAAGUAAACAUAUACAGCAUUCAUUCAUUCCAUUAAAAGUAUAGUUAUUUCACCACUAAAUAUAUCAACAAUAGGACCAUUAGGAGAUGUCAUCGUGCGUGCAAACAAAAGAAGCCGGGAAGAGAUAAAACAACGGAACACGAACGAGCCGCUUCAAACUAUCCGAGACUAUUGUGAACACUACCUGUUCCCAGUCGCAUUACGACCAUCGAGCAAAAUGGUUGCAAUCUACUUGUUACUUGUGAUGACCGCAUUUGUUUCUGCUGAGCAUUCGGGCGCGUAUUCCUCGCCUCAGUACGCGAAGAAAAUGUUCCCGAAGAAAGGAUAUGAUACGAACGCUUUGCUUCCUCGGGAAAAGCCUCCGAUCCAGUUCAAAGAGGAGGAAGGCCAGGAGAUCGCGAGGUUUGAGAAGGGAAAUGAGACUGAUGGGAGUUUCUUCAGUAGCACAGGAGGUCAGGUAGUGUCGAGCCUAGCGAAGGCUUUCUUCGCCAGGUCCACCGGCAGCAGUCAGGUACUAAGCUUAAACCUAACGAACUUGGUGAUUCUCAUCGUGCUCAAGGCGUUGAUCUUAGCGGCAGGCUUCUUCGGCGCUGGUGCAUGGAAAGGCGGACAUUAUUACGGAAGGAGUCUCGAUGACAACAAAAAUGCAACAUAUAUAAGCGAAGAUGAGAUCCUUCUCUACCUGAGCUACCUAGCCGGCCAGCAGAACAAGGACUACGGCUGCUUGUACUUACUAUCGUGCCAGAGACCACAACAGGCUGGCAUGUAUUCGUCCGGAGCUCAACUGAUGCUGCAAGGCGCCAGAUUAUUGCAAGGAGACAGUACAUCAUUGGAGCCGUACGCAGAAGUAUCAGCUGGUAUCAAGGAAGCAGCUGAGUGGGGUGACGCCGGCAUGAACUGCGACACUCGUUAUAGAUGUGGACAAUAAUAAAUU